AUCAGCAUACAUCUAAGAAGUGUUGUUAAUGAAAGAAUAUAUCCAUUUAAAUAACUGUAGCACAAUAACCCAUCAGAUGAAGUCUAAAGGACAAUACAGGUUAUUCAUGUGCACUCGAACAUGGAGUAUAACGGAAAAAAACAGAACCGUACUCAUAUUGAUGGUCCUGACGUAUCAAGUAUUGGCAAAUGAAUAUUCUCAGCAAUACAGUUGUUACGCUGAUACAUGUAACCUGAAUACUUCAGUUGAAUACUGUGGCGUAGUACUCAGACACUGCCGGCGCUGUGAAGACGUCCAGAACGACUUCUUCACAAGGAUGAUGACGUGUAAUUGUACUAAGUAUUGUUAUGACCGGAUGCAUACCAUUGACAUCGAAAAGCUUCGGGAGCCAAGACGUUGUGUUCCAUUAUGGACCGUUACUGUCGUUGGUGCUUAAUUGGGGGCUACUUGGUUAGCUGUCGGUAUAUUCCUGCUGACAUGGAAAAGUCGUCGCAGAGAAGAAAAGAAAGGUUUCCAGCAAGUAGACUC